UGAAGGGUCAGCGAUCACAGUAAUAGAAGAUGAGACUGCUAAGAGCAUUGGGCUUAAGGGUCACCGUCAACCCCUUACACUCCAGUGGUACAACUACAGGGUCGUGACCGAUUCAUUCAAGGUAACCUUUGAAAUUGGUAGCUGUUGCGAUAAUACUAGAUUUUCAUUGAAAAACGUACAUACGGUAAAAAAUCUGAAUUUACCUAAGCAGUCUUUUGCCAAAGAAGAUUUCUACCAUUUAAGGGACCUGCCAUUGCAAGACUACAGCAUGGCGAAACCAGUUUUGUUGAUCGGUUUAAAUGAAGCACAUUUAGGUAUCAGCUCGAGUACCGUUCUGGCCGACCAUGAAAGUCCGGUGGCUAUCAAAACGUCAUUGGGUUGGGUGGCGUAUGACCCGACCAAGUUUGUGUCAACGACAGGUUUGCGAAUUUUGCACGUGCGAGAAUGCCAACAGCUACACCAACUGGUUUCAAACUAUUUCGAAACGGAUAACUUACGCAUAAGCCCAGUUACAGAGAAACUCGAGUCCGACGCAGAGAAGCAAGCAAACGCUAUAUUGAAGUCAACAAUGCGGCAAUUAGGUAAUCGCUACGAAGUCGGGCUUCUGUGGAAAACCUUUCCACCUCAGCUUCCACGCAGCCGAGAGAUGGCGGUAAAGCGUUUGAUAUCGGUUGAAAGCAGGAUGAGCCGUGACGAAGAGUUUGCACUCCGGUAUAAACGUGAGAUAGCCAAGUAUGUGGAAAAAGGGUACGCCAGAAAGGUAACCGAUGAAGAACUCAAUGCGUCACAUCCUCAAAUCUGGUAUCUGCCGCACUUCGCUGUUUUCAACCCGAACAAACCGAGCAAGCUUCGCAUAGUUUUCGACGCCGCAGCCUCAGUCAAUGGAGUGUUACUGAAUUCAGCUUUGCUGAAAGGCCCGGAGGAAGCACAACCGUUACUACGCAUAUUGUUACAGUUUAGACAAGGGAAGAUCGGAGUUGCGGCAGAUAUCAGAGAGAUGUUCUCACAAAUAAAGGUACGACCGAUAGAUCAACACGCACAACGUUAUUUAUGGCGGAACGGGGACCCCAACGAACCUAUACAAGAGUUGUUGAUGACAACGAUGAUUUUCGGUGCAGUUUGCUCACCGUGUAUCGCCGAGCGCGUGAAGAAUAAAAACGCCGAAAGAUUUGAAACAGAAUUCCCGAAAGCUGCAUCUACCAUAAUAAAUAAUCACUACGUCGAUGACCUGGUUGCCAGUUUUGAUGUUGCACACGAAGCCAUUACAGUCUGUCAACAAAUUGUAAACAUCAAUUUGGAGGCAGGUUUCGAAUUACGAGAUUUCAUAUCCAAUUGCAGUAACGUAGAGAGAGCGUUGAACAAAACACCACCAACAAUGCGUGAAAUAAUUAACAUGGAACGCAGUGAAACCGCCGAAAAGGUCCUCGGCAUGUACUGGAACACCAAAGAAGACGUAUUCGAGUUUCAUACGAAGUUUCAUCGCGUACCGCAAUCAGUGCUUUCUAGUGAGCGAGCUCCGACGAAGCGGGAGUUACUCAGCAUCGUAAUGGCAGUUUUCGACCCAUUUGGGCUAUUGGCGAAUUUAUUAAUCUCUUCGAAGAUUAUGGUGCAAGAAACCUGGAGGCAAGGCAUCAACUGGGACGAAGCUCUUUCUGCAGAUCUGACAGCGAAAUGGAUACCCUGGUGGAAAGAGUUUCAGCGCAUCAGAAAUUUUCAGAUUCCACGGUGCUACUCGGCCAAUAUCUCAUGUAGCAGCAACAUAGAACUACACAUCUUUGUCGACGCUAGCCAAGUAGCAUUUGCAGCAGUUGGUUACUUCCGCGUAGUGCACAACGGCGUAGUGGACGUGACUUUCGUAAUGGCUAAAACUCGCACCGCCCCUAAUCGCUUAAUGUCUAUUCCUAGACUUGAGUUGCAAGCAGCAGUACUGGGCACCAGAUUAAGUAAGAUGCUUGUUAGCUACCACGACUUCAAUAUCAGCCGCAUUCUGUUUUGGAGCGACUCGCAGACUGUAUUGCAAUGGAUUUAUUCCUCCGAGAGAAAAUACAAGGCCUUCGUAGGUCAUCGCAUUGCUGAAAUCAUAAGCGUAACUGUUCCUGAGCAGUGGCGUUGGGUUCCCACUAAUAGCAACCCAGCAGACGCAGCUACACGGCCGUCAAAUCCACCUAGGUUCAAUACAGAUGACCGCUGGAUCAACGGCCCUGAAUUCCUUAAGUACAAUGAGCUACAUUGGCCAGCCACUAUUGUCGAGCGUCCCGCAGUAAUGCUUGAAGAAGUUCAACCCAGCCGUCUCCUUUAUUGCCAGGCAAGUAAAAAUUUCAUUGAUUUUACUAAAUUUCGUUCAUACUUGAAGAUAAAACGGAUAGUCGCAUGGGUGUUACGAGCCAAAUUGUUGUUUAAUAGAAAGUCAGUCAAUAUGCGUCUGUCGAAUGUACUUACCGCUGCGGAAAUUGAAGAAGCAGAGAUAAUGAUCUGUAAAACGGUGCAGCAAGAGUGUUUCGCAAGCGAGAUUUCAGACCUCUCUUCGUCGCGUCAGCUUUCCAGACAGAGUGCAGUGUACAGUCUCACACCCUAUCUCGACGAAAAGGGUCUUUUGAGGUUAAAUGGUCGCAUCGAUAUGGCAAUGUAUUUACCUUUCGAGACGCGUCAUCCUAUUUUAUUUCCGGCGAAGCACAUCGUUGCGGAACUAAUCGUAAAGCACCAUCACGAGAAAGGUCAUCACCAGAACCUCGCCGUUAUAAUCAAUACAGUACGACAAAAAUUCUGGAUUCCGCAUAUUAAAACGCUCUACAAGAGAGUGCAGCGAAACUGUCUUGAAUGCAGAUUGAGCAAAGCAAAGCCAGUCGCGCCUAUGAUGGGGCAGCUGCCAGCUGACCGCGUUACACCCUAUGUACGACCAUUUUCUUAGACAGGCGUAGACAUGUUUGGACCUUUUAAUGUCGCAAUCGGACGGAGACGAGAGAAGAGGUGGGGUGUUAUCUUCACUUGUUUAACUGUAAGAGCAGCGCAUAUCGAACUAGCCGAGGAUCUGUCUACAGACGCAUUUAUUCUAUGCCUAAGAAAUUUCAUAAAUCGACGUGGGACCCCAGUAAGGAUUAGAAGCGACAAUGGGACUAAUUUCAUCGGCGCCCUAAAGGAGUUAAAAAACGCCGAGCAACUAUUUGAUACAGACCGCAUUCAAGAAGAAGCCGCGAAGUAUAAUAUUGAAUGGCUAUUCAACUGCCCCGCCAAUCCCAGUGCAGGCGGUUGCUGGGAGCGUCUAAUACGAAUUGUUAAAUCUCUACUGAACCGCACUCUACGUGAAACAGCGCCUAAAGUAGCAACCUUGCAAAGUGUGUUGAUAGAGGCUGAAAAUAUUAUUAACUCGCGGCCGCUGACAGACUUACCGGUAUCUCACGAAGAAGACGAGCCUAUCACGCCGAACCAUUUCUUGCUGGGAUGUGUGAAUUCAACACAAACUCCACACCCAGUCGACGAAAAGCUUUGCCUGCGAAAGCAAUCGAGGAUAGCGCAGAACCUCAAAGACCGCUUGUGGAAACGGUGGACGACGGAGUACCUGCCCCAACUUAUAUGCCGUACUAAGUGGAAGGAGAAAGCUAUUCCCCUUCGAGUAAACGACCUAGUCUUGGUUUGCGAACCCACUCUACCACGCAGUCAAUGGCGGAGAGGUCGUAUCACCGAGGUAUUCCCGACGAAAGAUGGUCAAGUGCGCAUGGCAGAAGUUAAAACAAGCGGAGGAGUACUGCGUCGUCCAGCCACACGUCUAGCCCGACUCAUGUUAAACGGUGAAUCUCAGGGAGAUUCACGGGGGGUGGGGUGUUAGUCACCCUGUGACAUUCCUACAUUCUAAUUCAUAUACAUACAUACGUCAAAAUUCAGAAUGAUAGAAUACAAAUCGGCAAAAACCAAAGUAGCGGUAUCCCUGAUGGCGCCACCAUUGCUUUUCACCGUACUGUAAAUUU